AUGGCUCCAAGCAAGUUAAGGAAGGCCAUUGGAGCAGUCAAGGAUCAAACAAGCAUAAGCUUGGCCAAAGUUGGAAGUAGCGCUUCUUUAUCUGACCUUGAUGUCGCGAUUGUUAAAGCCACCCGACACGACGAGUACCCGGCUGAUGAGAGGCAUAUCAGAGAGAUCAUGAGCCUAACAUGUUACUCUCGUGCCUAUGUUGGUGCAUGCGUUAGCACCCUAUCGAGACGCCUAAGCAAGACAAAAAAUUGGGUGGUUGCACUCAAGACAUUAAUGUUGGUCCAGCGGCUGCUGGCGGAUGGUGAUCCAGCGUACGAGCAAGAGAUUUUCUUCGCAACCAGGCGCGGGACUCGCCUUCUCAACAUGUCUGAUUUUCGCGAUGCUUCAAAAUCGAAUUCUUGGGAUUAUUCGGCGUUUGUCCGAACCUAUGCACUGUACCUUGAUGAACAACUUGAGUUUCGAAUGCAAAAUCGGAGAGGUAAGCGCGGUGCAUUUUCCUAUGAUCCGGAAGAAGACGAGCAAGUUGGUCCCAACGCCAUUGUCGUGAGAUCCACACCUGUGCGGGAAAUGAAGAACGAACAGGUGUUUUCCAGGAUUCACCACCUGAUGCAACUUCUCGAAAGGUUUUUAGCUUGUCGACCAACAGGUUUUGCAAAGAACAACAGGAUUGUCGUGGUAGCGCUCUAUCCCAUUGUCAAAGAAAGUUUCCAGUUAUAUUAUGAUAUCACUGAGAUUCUGGGAAUCUUGGUUGAUCGAUUCAUGGAGCUCAACGUGCCCGAUUCUGUAAAGGUAUAUGAGAUCUUCUGCCGUGUUUCGAAGCAGUAUGAUGAGCUUGACAUGUUCUACGGCUGGUGUAAGUCAGUUGGAAUAGUCCGUGCCUCUGAAUAUCCAGAUGUUGAGAAAAUACCACAAAAGAAGCUCGAUGUUAUGGACGACUUUAUAAGGGAGAAGUCAGUAAUGGAGCAAAACAGGAAGGUCACUAUGAUUGAGCCAAAGCCUGAGGCUCAACCCGCGGAGGAAAACGAGGAGCCUGAACCAGAGCAAGACAUUAAUGCAAUGAAAGCAUUGCCACCUCCGGAAGGAUUUCAAGAGGAAAAUGAAGAAAAGGAGCAGGAAGAGGUUAAAGAAGAGGAGAAAGAGAAGCCAAAAACUCAAGAAGUGGGGGAUUUGUUGAACUUGGGUGAAGAUGCCCCAACAACAGAAGAGCACGGAGAUAAAUUGGCCUUAGCUUUAUUUGAUGGUAAUCUAUCAACAAAUGCUCCUGCAACAAGUGUCACUUCUGCAUGGGAAGCAUUCGACGAAUCAGGAGACUGGGAGACAGCACUUGUACAAUCCGCUAGCCAUUUGUCUAACCAGCAGGUGUCGCUUUCUGGCGGUCUUGAUACCAUGGUGCUUGAUGGUAUGUAUCAACAAGGAGCUAUGCAACAGGCAAUAGCUGCAUCUGGUGUUACAGCCACUGGAAGCGCUAGCAGUGUUGCACUUGGGUCAGCUGGAAGGCCAGCGAUGCUAGCACUCCCUGCACCUCCGAGCGCAGAUGGAGCUCAUCCACCUGGUGCCGAUCCUUUUGCAGCCUCCAUUUCAAUAGCACCACCAGCUUAUGUGCAGAUGUCUGAGAUGGAGAAGAAACAGAGACUUCUAGUGGAAGAGCAGAUAAUGUGGCAACAAUAUGCAAGAGAUGGGAUGCAAGGGCACGUAGGAUUAGCAAAAGUACAAUCAAACCAAUAUCACAUGAGCGGCUAUGGGGGCACCCAUUGA